ACGCCCACACCGCGGGAUUUUAUUAAGGGGCGGGGCUUACCCUCCCGCCUUCAGGGUUCACCCAAUAGCAGCGCUCCUCCACUUCCAAUUCGAACUGCCGCCGCUGAGGGGGCGGGGCUGGGAAGUACCCAAUCAGCGCCGGUGUUGCGGGGCUGAUCCCGAGGCGUCCUCCCUCAUUGCUAGGCGACGGAGGAAGUCCCGCCCCCGCCGCGCGCUAGCUGAAGCCCGCGCCGCUGCCGCCGUGUGAGGGCAAGAGGGGGCUGGAUGCGAGAGCAGCUCCAGGAACAGGCUCCUGAGACUCCGGUUUUCACAUCAGGAUAACGACUUGGGACCCAGAGUUCCGGCGCCAUGCAGAGAGCAUCGCGGCUCAAGAGGGAACUCGCCCUCCUGUCCACGGAGCCGCCUCCCGGCAUCACCUGCUGGCAAAACCAAAACCAGCUGGACAACCUGCGAGCACAGAUUUUAGGAGGCGCAGACACACCGUAUGAGAAAGGAAUAUUCAAUCUGGAAAUAGUUGUUCCGGAGAGGUACCCGUUUGAGCCCCCAAAGAUCCGCUUUCUGACCCCGAUCUAUCAUCCCAACAUCGACUCUGCUGGAAGGAUUUGUCUGGAUGUUCUCAAGUUACCCCCGAAGGGCGUGUGGAGACCCUCCCUGAACAUCUCCACGCUGCUGAGCUCCAUCCAGCUGCUGAUGGCCGAGCCCAACCCCGACGACCCUCUCAUGGCCGACAUCUCCUCGGAGUACAAGUACAACAAGCAGCUGUUCCUGCGGAACGCCCGGGCGUGGACCCAGAAGCACGCCAGCCCGCAGCCCGGGGCUUGCAAGCCUUUGGAAGAGAAAAUAAACCAAAAAGAAACAAGUACCAGCGGUGCAUCUAACACGCAGAAAAGAAAAGGGAGCAGCGUCGGCAAGGAGGAGAAGAAAUCUCGCCUGGAGUCCUGAGCGGUUUUGGUUCUUGUGGCUGUCGCCUUUGCUUUCACUGUCCUUUUCUCUUUACACAGGUAUAUCUAAUUAUUUUAACUCAUAUGUAGCUGGCUUUGGUUUUCUAUUUCCUAGGGUUUUUUUUCUUAAAAGUUCCAUUAUACAUAUAGAAUAUAAAGCUUUAAUGUAUAUUUUUUCUCUUUUGUUGUGUGGACUUUUCAGAAUGUUCCAAAUAAAAGCAAAAUUGGAAGUA